CGGUACGUCAGUAGUACAUGAUGGUACAUGGUUGAGGUUGCAUGCAAGUCGCGUUGAGUGUAGACCUCUAGUGUUGCUUCGUCUUUACAAAGAAUUACAUCAAGAUUCUUCCCAUACGUUUAAUCACGCUCAUAACUGGUGGUCAAAAUGGCCGAAAAGAAUGACUCGCCGGGUUCCACCUCGACUUCCGGGCAAGAAAGUCAACAACUGAUUUUAACGUUUAUCGGUGAAAUCGUGAAAAGUCCAAUAAAUCUCAUUCUAGUAGGCGUGAUUGCCUUGCUAGUUUACAAAAUCGUUAAAAGCAAGACGAAGACAGAAAUUCCGAUGCAAGAGGUGAAGGUAUUGCCCAAAUUGAGACGUGAUUUUACGUUACAAGAAUUGAAAGAGUACAAUGGUAGGGGACCAGACGAACGAAUAUUGGUCGCUGUCAACGGUAGCAUUUACGACUGCACUCGCGGUGCCAAAUUCUAUGGUCCAGGUGGACCAUACGAAGCAUUUGGUGGACGAGAUGCCAGUAGAGGCUUAGCAACAUUUUCAGUGGAAUCAAUAAGAGACGAAUAUGAUGAUCUCAGUGAUUUAAAUACCACUGAAAUGAACUCUGUCAGAGAAUGGGAGGAGCAGUUUAAAGAAAAAUAUGAUUAUGUGGGGAAACUGUUGAAGCCUGGUGAAGCACCUACUAAUUAUUCAGACGAAGAAGAUGAAGGUAGUCAACAAGAGACUGAAUCAAAAUUGGAACAACAGGAGAGUGAAACAAAGUCCGACUGUGAGGGAAGCAAAGCAAAAUCUAAGAAUGAUUGACCACUUGAUGGUGCAACAAAUACUAAACAAUUUCAAAUGAAUAUUGCGCACACACCAUUACUGAAGGAAUUCUUAAAAUUGUGGAUCAUGAAUAUAUUUCUGGAUAUUCAACUGGAUAUUUUAUUACAUCGUAAUAAUAUUAAAAUAAACGGUGAAGUGGUAUCUUUCAAUCAAUUUGGAAGUAUGUACAUGUUCAAAACUGGUGUUAUAUGAGACGACUUUUUUUAAAUAUCCAAUUUU